ACUUUUGUGUCCGUUUCUCUUUAUUACUACAGGCCGACUCAGAUUAAGUCUGAGGCCGGUAACAUCAACAGUGAGGACAAAAUCCAGCCCUCCUCUCUCCUUCCACACUGAGUCCAAACCUACAGUCACUGGGUCCUGAUUGUGACAGUGGAGCCCAGUUUGCACUGCAGGAUCCAGAGAUGGCAUCGGUGAAGCUGGAAGACUGUAGUCAAACACUGGAGCUGAAUGUCAACAUUAAAGAUGAAGAAGAGGAGGAGGAGAUUGGUAAAUCUGUUUCUCAUGGAGACCAUGUUAAGACAUUCGCUACAUCCAGAGAGCAACAUCAGGAAGAUCACAGAGCUAAGAGGUCUCACCACUGCCCACAUUGUAAGGAGAUUUUCCCACUUCCAUCAAAGCUAAAAAUACACCUAAAAAUACACACAGGAGAAAAGCCUUACUCCUGCUCUGACUGUAUGGCGAGUUUCUUUCGACUGGGCACCUUAAAACAACAUGAACGUAUACACACAGGAGAGAAGCCUUACUCCUGCUCUGACUGUGUAAAAUGCUUCACAACAUCAACUGAGCUAAAAGUUCAUCAGAGAAAACACACAGGAGAGAAGCCUUACUCCUGCUCUGACUGUGGGGCAAGGUUCUCUCGACUGGGCACCUUAAAACAACAUGAACGUAUACACACAGGAGAGAAGCCUUACUCCUGCUCUGACUGUGUAAAAUGCUUCACAACAAUAACUGAGCUAAUAGUUCAUCAAAGAACACACACAGGAGAGAAGCCUUACUCCUGCUCUGUCUGUGGGGCGAGUUUCUCUCGACUGGGCACCUUAAAACAACAUGAACGUACACACACAGGAGAGAAGCCUUACUUUUGCUCUGACUGUGGAAAGAGUUUCUCUCAACUGGGCCACUUAAAAAGACAUGAACGUAUACAUACAGAAGUGAAGCCUUACUCCUGCUCUGACUGUGUAAAAUGCUUCAAAACAUCAACUGAGCUAAAAGUUCAUCAUGGAACACACACAGGAGAGAAGCCUUACUCCUGCUCUGACUGUGUAAAAUGCUUCAUAACAUCAACUGAGCUAAAAAUUCAUCAGAGAACACACACAGGAGAGAAGCCUUACUCCUGCUCUGACUGUGGGGCGAGGUUCUCUCGACUGGGCACCUUAAAACAACAUGAACGUACACACACAGGAGAGAAGCCUUACUCCUGCUCUGACUGUGGGGCGAGUUUCUCUCGACUGGGCAACUUAAAACAACAUGAACGUAUGCACACUGGAGAGAAGCCUUACUCCUGCUCUGACUGUGGGGCGAGUUUCUCUCAUCCGGGCACCUUAAAACAACAUGAACGUAUACACACAGGAGAGAAGCCUUACUCCUGCUCUGACUGUGUAAAAUGCUUCACAACAUCAACUGAGCUAAUAGUUCAUCAAAGAACACACACAGGAGAGAAGCCUUACUCCUGCUCUGACUGUGGAAAGAGUUUCUCUCAACUGGGUGACUUAAAAAGACAUGAACGUAUACACACAGGAGAGAAGCCUUACUCCUGCUCUAACUGUGGGGCGAGUUUCUCUCAUCCGGGCACCUUAAAACAACAUGAACGUAUACACACAGGAGAGAAGCCUUACUCCUGCUCUGACUGUGGGGCGAGUUUCUCUCGACUGGGCACCUUAAAACAACAUGAACGUAUACACAGAGGAUAGAAGCUUUACUCCUGCUCUGACUGUGGAAAGAGUUUCUCUCAACUGGGUCAUUUAAAAAGACACCAAGGUAAACAGAAGAGAGGAGCCUUACCACUGAUCUGACUGUAGAAAAUGUUUUAAAACAACAGCUGAGCUAAAAGGUCAUCAGAGAACAGACACAGGAGAGAAGCCUUACUUCUGCUCUCAAUGUGGAAAUAGUUUUUCCCGAUUUGGCAAUGUAAAAACACACUAACGGAUAGACACUUGAGAGAAGCCUUAUCAUUGUACUGAUUGUGAGAAGAGAUUCUACAGAUUGGGCCAUUUAAAAAGACACCAAUGUAUACAUAAAGGAGAGAAGCCUCAUCAGUUCUCUCAAACCAGCUAAGAUUAGACACUCCACUUAAUUCCCAUGUCAUUAAAUAAUUGGCAAUGUUGAAUUGGAUCAAAUGAAGAAAGCGUAGAAUGCUUUAUUGUGAUCCUAUACAGUUGAAGUCAGAAGUUUACAUACUUAGGUUGGAGUCAUUAAACUUGUUUUUCAACCACUCCACAAAUUUCUUGUUAACAAACUAUAGUUUUGGCAAGUCGGUUAGGACAUC